UUAAGUGUUGCAACAGCGGCACAGACGACGGCGAGAAGAUAGACAGCUGCCGCAAACCAGCUGACAUUAACUAGUUUUUUUUUCUAAGCAAUCAAAAACAAACAAGAAAAAACAAGCAACACGUGGUGAAAUAAUUCGGAAUUUGAAGAAUCAUGAAUGAUGGAGCAACCUUACCAACAACCACCCAUUAUGCGCAGUACGCACUAAUUGUGUCCAUUGCGUUAGUGUGUAGCUGCCUCAAUUUUUACCAUGUAUCUACAAUGUUUGAAAAUGAUCGACACUUCUCACAUCUCUCUACGCUUGAGAGGGAAAUGACCUUCCGUUCUGAGAUGGGCUUCUACUACUCGUAUUACAAAAGGAUUGUCAAUGCACCGUCAUUCUUCUUGGGACUUCACAGUAUAAUGAACGACAACAAAACAGAGUAUCCAUCAACCAUCAACACAUUACAGAGAUUUAAUCUCUAUCCCGAGGUAAUUUUAGGAGCUGCAUAUAGGGGUUUCAUACACUUUACAAAUACUGCCGGAAUUAAAACUAAAGAAUGUUGGCAAGUUGAUCGCGGAGACGAUCUACCAGCGGUUUGGAGCUGUGAAGGUUUAGGUGAUCCUUCCUAUUUUUACAUUAAUGGAGUGUGGCUCUGUGCAGGGAUCACAGCCGCCCUAAUUUUCCUUUACGGUUGCUACCUAAGUCGUUCAAUAUUUGGAGGCAUCAUUGCCAUUUCUGCUUUCUUUUUUAAUCACGUAGAGUGUACGCGCGUUCAAUGGACACCUCCGUUGCGAGAAAGCUUCGGCUAUCCAUUGAUUUUGGCUCAGAUUUUGUCAGUCUCCUGGUGUUUGCGUCAAACAACUCCACACUGGAAACAUUUAUGCUGUAUUGCCUUUACCACUACGGCUUCCCUAGUCACCUGGCAAUUUUCGCAAUUUGUCUUCCUUACACAAGUGCUCAGUUUAACGGUGUUGUGGAUCCAAAAUUCUACUCCUCGUUCGAAUAUAACUGUAGUUUUUCUUGGAAAAUUGAUUGGACUACAAAAUGCCAUUGUUUUGCUGUUCGCCAACGAAAUGCUUCUUACGUCGUAUUACUCUUGCUCGAUUGUUGUACUACUGGGAUUCAUCGUAUUCUUUCCUCAUUUCUCAUCACGUCCUCAAAACGAGUGGCUAAAACUUAGAAAUACGGUCAUUUACGGCGUACUAAUAGGUGCAUGCACGUUCUUCUUGCGCCUUUGUGUAUCAAUUCUCAUAGGAUCGAAAGACGACGCUCACAUCCUCAAUUUGCUUCGAUCGAAAUUCACUUCUUUUCGAGAUUUUCACACCAUGCUCUACACAUGUGCCGCCGAAUUUGAUUUCAUAUCGCUAUCGACGAUCUACCGAUUGUCUUCCACUCUUUUACUGCCUAUUGUGUACAUAGCUGUUGGAAGUGUAACACUGUAUGCAGCAGGAAUUGGUGAGAUGACGAGCAACAGUGGAGCUUGCCAGAAACGAACUGUAGCUUCGUUGCCAAUGAAAAAGCAGAGAGAAUCGCGACGAGAUUUGAAAGAGAUUCCGAAAAGUGAAAUACCAUCACCUCGCAAGGUUGACGCUGCCGUCCAGUACAACAUUUUGCAACUAAUUGCGUUCAUUAUAAUGGCUGCAAUAAUAAUGCGGCUGAAGCUGUUUAUGUCGCCUCACUUGUGUAUAAUGGCCAGUCUUGUUGCUUCUAAAAAGUACAUGUUUUUCGUCAAAGGCAAAUUAAUGCACUUGGCGUUGCUGGCAGCUUUGUUAAGUGGGAUGAGUUAUGCAGGCUUGCGCAAUCUAAAAGAACAAAGAAGUAUCGUCGGAGAGUACAGCAACCCGGCAUUAGAAGAUUUGGUGAAUUGGAUUCAAAAGGAGACACCGCGAGAGGAAGCAGCUUUUGCUGGACCUAUGCCUAUUAUGGCGUCAAUAUUACUUACUACUCAAAGGCCAAUAAUUAACCAUCCGCACUACGAAUAUUCCGAUCUAAGAGAACGCACUAAGAUUGUUUAUCGAGCUUUUGGUCGCGGCACCGUUGCUGAAUUAUAUCGUUCCCUUGUUGAUCUCAAGGUAACGUAUUUCGUUCUUCAAGAUCACUGGUGUUAUGGAGAGUCACGACCUGGUUGCAGUAUGUUGAACAUUUGGGAUAUAGAAGAGCCUCAUCGAAAAGAUCUCAAUCCCUUGUGCUCAAUUUUGUUUGAAGGUAACCCCAGUCCUUUGCAACGAGUUUUCUCCAAUGAGAUCUACGUCGUUUUACGAGUGCCUUCGCGCUACGUUGAAGUGAAACUUCCACCUCGUCAGUAUCGUCAAUGAUGAAGUCAGUUAUUCUAUAGCAAAAAAAAAAAAGGAUAUACUAUCGAGAUUGAUCAAAAGAAGGCAACUAAGAAAAAAAGAAACCAAGAUGUCAUAUUUAACAAAGAGAUGGUUAUAAUUUUUACAGCCAAAAUUGUACAUAGGGGACAGGAUAAAAAAUAAAAGAGUAGACAAGA